AUGUCAAAAACAGUCAUGGAAGAUGUUACAGGCAGCAAAAGGAAGCGGCCAUCAGAUGGGAUUCCAACUGGAGACAAAUCCCGCAAAGCGCCCAAGGUGUCUGCCUCGGAAAACAUGCAGUCACAAAUUUUGCUGUUGGAGGAGCAAAUCGUCACAUCGCCCAAGCACUACGAGAACAUCACGACACUACACAAUCUGGUGACGAAUGCGGAAAAGAAGCCCAAGGCCGCGACGGUGGCUGCAGUCGCGCUAUGCCGUACCUUCUGCCGCCUGAUCGCCGGCGAGAAACUGGCAAAGAAGACUGGCGCAUCGCAGCCUGAAGUAAAGACCAUUCAGUGGCUGCGAAGUGCACUGCGCGAAUACGUCGGCGUGGUCGCAGGCUGGAUUGGAAGCCCAGAUGCUGCAAAGGAGAACACGGCACUCACAUUGCUCAUGCGAGUAGCCAAAGAAGAGGCCUCAGUCGGCGGUGAGCAAUCGUGGCGAGGCGGCUCCUCUACUUUUGUCACAGUAGUUCGAGCACUGCUACGAGAGGACAAUGCCGAAUCUGCUCGCGAGGAGUUCGUCGACAGGUAUGUCGAGGAACAUGACGACGUUCGCUUUUUCACUUUCGCCGCAAUCAAGCAGUUGCUACAGGGAACCGACCAGUGUGAGCAAUAUGUUGGGAACGCUGUCGCUCUACUCUCUCAGAUCGAGAAUGUACCCGAGUCAGAAGAUCAGCUGGACAAUUGGUAUGCCGAAGCCCCCGCGGCUGGCAAGCAUCAACUCCGAGCGCUGAGUGCCCACCGCAAAGCUGCACGAGAAGCCUGGCUCGCGGUGUUCCGCUCGCCCCUCUCUCAGGAGCACCGCAAAGUCAUUGUGAACAUUAUCACACGACAGAUUCUGCCAUGGUUCACCGGCCAAGUAGAGCUCCUCACCGACUUCUUGACAGACUCUUUCAACUCGGGAGGGGCAAUGUCGCUGUUGGCCUUGAGUGGCAUAUUCCAUCUCAUGACAGAGAAAAAUCUGGACUAUCCGGAUUUCUACACCAAACUUUACAGCUUACUUGACGAGGACGUCUUGCAUAGCAAAUACCGCAGUCGUUUUUUCCGGCUGUUACACACCUUCAUGAACUCGAGUCAUUUACCCGCGGCGAUGGUCGCCAGCUUCAUCAAGAGGCUAUCAAGAUUCGCCCUUCAAGCGCCACCAGGAGCCAUCGUCUGGAUUGUGCCAUGGGUAUAUAACACGCUCAAGCAGCACCCGCCUUGCACAUUCAUGCUGCACCGUUCGUACCAUCCUGCACAUGCGAUUUACGCUAGUAACCCCAAUUAUAAGGAGGAGGGCAUGGACGAUUCAUUCGACAUGUCACAAACAGAUCCCAUGCUUACCGGUGCCAUCGAUUCGAGUUUGUGGGAGCUCGAGACAUUGCAGAGCCAUUUUCACCCCAAUGUGGCGACACUGGCCAAAAUAAUGGGCGAACAAUUCACUAAACGCGACUAUCAGCUCGAGGACUUUUUAGACCAUUCGUACGGCUCUCUGAUCGAAGCAGAACUCGGAAAGGCAAUGAAGAAGACUCCUGUGGUCGAAUGGGACAUUCCCAAACGAAUAGUGACUACUGAUGGUGGGCUCAAUGACAUUGGGAUGCUCCUACAGAGCGCGUUGGACUGUGCGUGA